GAUGCAACAAAAACUAUUGCAUUAAUCUGCCUUAAACAGCUGUUAUGAGAGACUGGACAAACCAAAAAAUACAGUGAAUAAGCUUUGACAGUUCUGUGCUUUGAGACAAUCUAUAUUGUUUUACCACCAUAUAAAUAUAAAAUAUAAAGUGACUUUUUGCGACUGCUUUCAGUAAAAAGUAGCUAAAUUUGUCAUAUUGCCUAUGGCUGGGCAUGGCAUAAAUCUCCAAAAAUGAAGGCUUUAAUUAGAACGUAUAUCUCUUUUUUUAAACUCACUAUACUGUCACCCUGAGUGGCUGCUACCGAAGGCCAUCUAAUUGUGAAGAUCGGAAUGGCUUCUUCUACCAUUGCAACGCUGAUGAAAAACAGCUCUAUCUCUCAUUUCAACCAGAUGAUCUAAAGGUAGCUGCACCUAUAGUUCAACCUGGCAAAGACUGAACUACUGCCAGAACUACUGCAAUGCUCUUCUGGCUGGAUGUUCUUCAAGUACACUCACUAUUAUGAAUAAUCUCCUCCAAACGUCUGAGACAUGCUAGUAAGUGAUGCCUCUUAUUACAAUCACAGAGAGCUAAAACGUAUCUCUUUUGACACUACUUGACUUCCUGAAGUAAAAAGAAAAACCUGUAUCUUUCUUUAUUUAGUGGAAAAUUAAAACACCCUAAUUUUCCUCAAGGUAAGAGUGGGCCUACGUCAUUUGGAACUGCAAACAAUUUUAUUUGUGUGCAUUUAGAAUAGUGCUAAUUAAUACAUUACUACUUUAUAAUUCAAAUAAUAAAAAAACAAUUAGAAUAAAUCAUUAACAAUUCUCUCAUUAUGUGCAUUUCUCUAAAGUGGGACCAGUGAGAAGAUGGGCCGCUGUGCCAAUGUUGAGUUUGCAUGCAGUAUUAUAGCAAACGGCUGCCUUUUAGAGUCACGCUGUAGCCUACUAAAUAAAUACGAUUAAUGUUGUGCUAUUUUAAGAAUAAAGUCGAAAUUACAAUAAUAAAAUCAUAGUUAAUGUGAAAAUUCGAAAACAAUCAAACACACAGUUCACAUUCAAGAUCCAAUCCAGCACGUCAAAAAAUAUAAAUGAAUAAAAAAUAAUAAAAGUGAAAAGAAAUGUGUAUAAACCUAGACGACCUGCUGCCUCACUCAAAAGUUUAUAUAUUCAGGAGAGGACACUCAACAACCAAAUGCCAGCAAGGAAAGAAAGCUUCACUAGUCCUUCCACAAAAAGAAGGAAGGCAUUUUUAUGGAAUACAAAUUGUUUUAUAUAAAUAAGGGAAAAAUGUAUCACCUUAUAAAUAGAAAUAAGUUAAUCGUUUUUAAGAUUGAGUGACGUCACACUAAUCUUAAUGCAUCUGUAAACUACUUAUAUAUGUGAGGGAUGUCAAAUGGAAACUAGAACAUGUCUUGAUCAGGUGUAAAGAAAUAUGAAAAAGAAAUGCAAGCUUUGGGUGUUGUGAAAUUCACAUUAUGUAAUAUUUGAAAGGUAGGAGAAGAAUAUAAUAGACCAGGUCCAGAUUCUUGAGAUUUCCCCAUUGAUCAAUUGUAGUCACACUCCACUCCACUACAGUAGGUGGCGGUAUGCACUUUUAUAGUUGCUUUUCAACCAGCCAAUAAACAAGAAGAAGGUACCGCUUGAGCCACAACACUGCUUUAAGUCUUCUGAGAUAUGCACAUCCAGCCGCGCAGGAAUUGACCGACAGUUCAGCUCCUCCCACAACAGUCUACGGAAGAGUUGAUGAAAGAAAGCUGAAAAUAUGACUGAUCCAGGACCCUGCGGAAUAAAACAGGAAGAUGCUGAAAAACAAAUAGAUAUGAGAGAAGAUAACAAGGAGAUUGAAAAACUGAUUAAAGAGGAGGAAAGCCAUAAUGUCAAAACUGAAGAAACGUCCUGGAUAUCAUCAUUGACAAGAAUAGAAAAAACAAAGCCUGAGUGUGAAAAGAGUCUGAAGGACCGCUUGAGAGCUCAGAUGAAGAAGAAGCCUUUCGUAUGUAAUUUAUGCGGAAGGGGUUUUAGUCAGAUGUUUGCAUUUAAGAUACACCAGAAAAAACACAACACUGUGAAGAAUCAUACUUGCUCUGAGUGUGGGAAGACUUUUUUUAGAUGUAGUGCACUGAAACGGCAUCAGAAAGUUCAUACAGGAGAAGCACCUUAUAAAUGUUCACACUGUGACAAGAGAUUCAAGCGGUCUGAUUGUCUGAAAAAACAUGAGAAGAUCCACACCGGAGAGAAGCCAUACACAUGUGAUCAGUGUGGGAAGAGUUUCAAACGAAAAGAAGGCUUCCUUGAUCACAUGAGGAUCCACACCGGAGAAAAACCAUACACAUGUGAUGAAUGUGGGAACAGCUUCAGACUAAAAGAAACGCUUUAUCGACACAAGACUAUCCACACUGGAGAGAAGGCCAGUUCACACACAUGUGAUCAGUGCGGGAAGAAUUUUAGCCAAAAAAGAUACCUUCUUAAACACAUUAAAAUCCACACCGGAGAAAAACCACACUCAUGUGAUCAGUGCGGGAAAAGCUUCAAAGACAAGGGAACCCUUAAUGAUCACAAGAGGAUCCACACCGGAGAGAAACCGUUCACAUGUGUUCAGUGUGGGAAGUGUUUCAGACUCCAACAAUCUCUUAAAGAACACAUGAGGAUCCACACCGGAGAGAAACCCUACACGUGUGAUCAAUGUGGGAAGUGUUUCAUGAGAAGACGAACCCUUUACCAACACAAGAAAACUCACACUGGAGUGAAACAGCACCAGACAGUUCACGCUACAGAAACGCCUUACAAGUGUUCACACUGUGACCAGAGAUUCAAACGAUCAACACAUCUACAGAUACAUGAGAAGAUCCACACUGGAGAGAAGCUGCAUCACUGCCAUUCAUGUGAUAUGAAAGAAGAGAACAAGGAAGUUGAAGAACUGAUUAAAGAGGAGGAAAACCAUCAUGUCAAAACUGAAGAAACGUCCUGGAUAUCAUCAUUGACAAGAAUGGAAAAAACAAAGCAUGAGUGUGGAAAGAGUCUCCCGUGCAAGCAAAAUCUUGAUUUCCUGAAGGACCGCUUGAGAGCUCAGAUGAAGAAGAAGCCUUUCGUAUGUAAUUUAUGCGGAAGGGGUUUUAGUCAGAUGUUUGCAUUUAAGAUACACCAGAAAAGACACAACGCUGUGAAGAAUCACGCUUGCUCUGAGUGUGGGAAGACAUUUUUUAGAUGUAGUGCACUGAAACGGCAUCAGAAAGUUCAUACAGGAGAAACACCUUAUAAAUGUUCACACUGUGACAAGAGAUUCAAGCGGUCUGAUUGUCUGAAAAAACACGAGGAGAUCCACACCGGAGAGAAGCCAUACACAUGUGAUCAGUGUGGGAAGAGUUUCAAACGAAAAGAAAGCUUUUUUGAUCACAUGAGGAUCCACACCGGAGAAAAACCAUACACAUGUGAUGAAUGUGGUAAGAGCUUCAGACUAAAAGAAACGCUUUAUCGACACAAGACUAUCCACACUGGAGAGAAGGCCAGUUCACACACAUGUGAUCAGUGCGGGAAGAAUUUUAGCCAAAAAAGAUACCUUCUUAAACACAUUAAAAUCCACACCGGAGAAAAACCACACUCAUGUGAUCAGUGCGGGAAAAGCUUCAAAGACAAGGGAACCCUUAAUGAUCACAUAAAGAUCCACACCGGAGAGAAACCGUUCACAUGUGUUCAGUGUGGGAAGUGUUUCAGACUGAAACAAAUGCUUAAUCGACACAUGCUUAUCCACACUGGAGAGAUGUCUAGUUCAUACACGUGUGAUCAGUGUGGAAAGAAUUUCAGACAAAAAAGAUACCUUAACAGACAUAUAAAAAAAAUCCACACUAGAGAAAAACCACAUGCAUGUGAUCAGUGCGGGAAAGGUUUCAAAGACAAGGGAACCCUUAAUGAUCACAUGACGAUCCACACUGGAGAGAAACCGCAUCAAUGCCAUUCAUGUGGGAAAAGAUUCACUCAGUUAUCUUCUCUAAUCUCUCAUAAAUUGCAUGUCUGCGUGUCUGAAAUUACAGUAACUAGUUCAAGUUCUGAUCCUGUUCUUCCAGGUUCUAGGUAGGGCCGCAUCAAGUAAUCGAUUAUUAGUCUGAUUAAUCAACUUUUUGUUGAUUAUUUUACAGAUGAAUCAGUCUUUAUUGAUUAUUUGGCUUUUGGAGUUUGUUAAAAUGUUGAGUCGCACCCAUUCUGACUAAUAAAAAAGGUCUUUUUAAUACA